AUGGCGCCGGUGGUUCACCACCGGUUGCUCAUCCCCGGGAGCAACGAACCGAGCAGCCAGACCGUGUGCGCCAAACAGCAGCACGUUUGGCGACUAACAGAGCACCAGCCGAGGUGCUGCCCGCCGAGGCCCGAGCACGCGAGGAAGCGCGAGACGGGGCGGCGUGUGGGCCGCCCGGCGAGCAAAACGACUGGCGCCGCGAGCGUCGCGUGCGUCAAGGCUCAAGCAGUCGAGAAUGUCGAGAAUGUCGAGAAUGUCGAGAAUCGUGCGAUGCUGCAGCACUGCGCCAAGAGGCGCAGCAACCUCGACCCGGGUGUUGCUCGAGUCCGCAACGCCCACGGGGCGAAUGCGAUUGCCUGGUCCUAUCGCCAAACGGCUCUGCUCCUCCUCUUGUCUGGCAGCAAUCGCAAGCUGCGGCACACAGGCCGCGUUGGCGCAGAGGAGGCGGCAAGCCUCAACGCGCCUACCCGUGGCAUCCCGCCGGAUCGGGCCAAGACUAAGGCUGCAGGCGUCGGCCCCGGCUGCUGCGAGGGCGCGCCCUCCCGUUGA